AUGACCGGGUCUGCCAUCAGCAAAGCCGUGUGCAAGGCCACGACGCACGAAGUCAGCGGACCCAAGAAGAAACACCUUGACUACCUGAUCCACUGCACCAAUGAGCUGAACGUCAGCAUCCCCCACCUGGCAGACACGCUGCUGGAGCGCACAGCGAGCAACAGCUGGAUUGUGGUUUUCAAAGCGCUCAUCACCACACACCACCUCAUGAUGUACGGCAACGAGAGAUUGAUGCAGUACCUUGCCUCCAGAAACACGCUCUUCAACCUCAACAACUUUCUAGAUAAGGCUGCAUUACAAGGAUAUAACAUGUCAACCUUCAUCAGACGCUACAGCCGCUACCUGAACGAGAAAGCCAUGUCCUACAGGCUAGCGGCCGUGGACUUCACCAAGAUGAAGAGAGGGGCUGAAGGCGUGAUGCGCACCAUGAACACCGAGAAGCUGAUCAAGACGCUGCCCAUCAUUCAGAACCAGCUGGACGCCCUGCUGGACUUCCAGCCCAACUCCAACGAGCUGACCAACGGGGUGAUCAACACGGCUUUCAUGUUGCUGUUUAAAGACUCCAUACGGUUGUUCGCCGCCUACAACGAGGGGGUGAUCAACAUGUUGGAGAAAUACUUUGACAUGAAGAAGAACCAGUGCAAAGAAGCUUUGGAGAUCUACAAGACCUUCCUCAACCGGAUGACCAAAUUGUCUGAGUUUCUCAAAGUGGCAGAGCGAGUUGGGAUAGAUCAGGGCGACAGCCCCGAUCUCACACAGGCUCCCAGCUCUCUCUUGGAGGCUCUGGAGCAGCAUUUAGCUUCUCUCGAGGGCAGGAAACUCAAGGACCUGUCCACCGCCAGCAGAUCCAGCACCUUAUCAAGUGCGGUGUCAUCUCUCUCCAGCACGGGGAUCUCACUCAGCCGCAUGGACGACAAAACUGAGGACAACAGGCUGCAGCAACACAAGGAGGACGGUCAUAAGGUGAUCGACAUCCAGACGCCCAACGUUUCACCCAGCAUCCAAUCAGUGGGCAGUGCCAACAGCAGUGGAGGGGCCACAGAUCUCUUCUCCAACUCACCCAUAGUACCCAUCAACAACCAUGUGCCAAACCUGACCAGUGAGCUGUUCACCCUGCAGCCUAACUUCACCCCCAUCCAGACCACACACACUGUGCCCAACAACAACAAUGCUUGGGGAGGUGACCUGCUAAAGCCGUCCCCGCCAACUCAGAUUCACAGCCCGGGAGUCCCGUUGCAUUCUGGGAAAAUGCUGCCCAGCGAUUUGGACUCUUCAUUAGCAAACCUGGUCGGCAACCUGCAGUUCGGGGGGACGCCAGCUAAAAAGCCGGAGCUCCAGUGGAGCCAGCUGGUGGAGAAGAAGCCCACGGGUGGAAGUGGGUGGCAGUCGAAGACCAUGUGCGCCAGCACCAACUGGAGUCACACCACCCAUCCCAUGGCGCCUGCUCCGAUGCCGGUCCCUCAGAUGAAUGGGAUGAUCUAUACUGGAUAUGCUCCAGCACCAGUGGCUUUUCCUAUGACGACAGCCCAAGUGCCUGUUUAUGGAAUGCUCCCUCCUCAGAUGAGUCAUCAGAUGGGGGGUGUUCCCAUGAUGCCCCCACAGCCUGUCAUGUACAACCAGCCUGUCCUGAGACCCACCAAUCCUUUUGGACCCAUCCCAGGAACACAGAUGCACUUCAUGUAG